GCAUUUCACUCUGUUGAGGACAGCUAGAACAGUCACAGCAGCAAAACCGUAUGCAUCCUGGUGCAAAGAAUCAGCUAAGUGCAUAGACAAAGAUUUAUUUUCUUCUUAUGCAUCUUGGGACCUACACCUGAAUAUUCAACAUGGAGAUAUUUGUUCUAGGGAUUAUCAUCGCAAUAUGUGGCAAUCUCCUCAUCAGUAUUUCAUUGAACAUUCAGAAAUACACCCACACACGCCAAUCGGAGCAAGGCACCAAGCCAUAUUACACCAGUCCUCUGUGGUGGUAUGGGAUUCUACUCAUGGGGCUUGGUGAACUUGGUAACUUUGCUGCAUAUGGAUUUGCACCAGCUGCCCUGAUUGCUCCUCUUGGUAGUGUGUCUGUCGUUGCCAGUGCUGUAAUCUCAGUGGUUUUCCUGAAAGAGAUGUUACGAGCCUCUGAUCUACUUGGGGGUGUUCUUGCUCUAACUGGUACAUACCUGCUGGUGACCUUUGCCCCACACUCUGCCCCCCAUGUCACAGCCAACAUGGUGGAGCGCUGCCUCAUCAGUGUGCAGUUCCUCGUCUACUUUUUUUCUGAAGUGGUUCUGUUUUGUAUCCUGCUCUACCUGUACAAAUGCAGGAACUUAAAACACAUUGUUGUUGUCAUGCUUCUGGUGGCUUUGCUGGCUUCUGUGACUGUGAUUUCUGUAAAAGCUGUGUCUGGAAUGAUCACAGAGACAGUCCGUGGGAGCCAUUUACAGCUCACUUACCCCAUCUUCUACAUCAUGUUUAUCAUCAUGAUAGUCUCAUGUGUCUUCCAGAUUAAAUUUCUCAAUGAAGCAAUGAAGAUGUUUGAUGCCACAGAAAUUGUUCCUAUUAAUUUUGUUUUUUUCACAGCCAGUGCUGUAAUAGCAGGUAUUUUAUUUUAUGAAGAGUUUUAUGGUUUAUCAAUUAUAUACAUCCUCAUGUUUGUGAUUGGGUGUUUGUUAGCAUUUACGGGAGUGUUUCUGAUUGCUAGAAAGAGACCAAAAAUAAAAAUGGACAGUGUCAUUAUCUCUAUGGGUCAAAGCUCAGGUAAGAACAGCACUGCUAAUAUACAGCCAGAGACAAAGGACAAUAAAUUUGGAGGUCUGGCUUCCAAACUUGUGUGCAACACUGGAAUACAGCAGGAUGACAUUUAAAUCUACCUAAUGUUCUAGUGUGCAGAGUGAAGUGUGUGUAUGUGUGAGACAGAAAAGUCUGGUGUGUUAUAUGUCUGAAUAACAAAUGUGGGCUGCAUGCGCAUGCAUCAAACUUCAUAAAGAAGCAAUAAAUUAGAACUGGCUGUCUUUAUUUGCAUGAAUUUCAAAAUGCCUGUAGAGCAUCUGGAUCAGUACUGUUUCUCUGUCAGUUCUGAGUAUAAAAAGCUCAAUGAUAUUUGUAAGAUAUAUGAAACGAAACUGUAAUGAGCCAAUUUAAUUAAAAAUAAUAUUUAUAUAUUAAUAGAAUUCUUUUAAUUUAUAGAA